UGCUUAAAUGUGAAUUUCUGUUAUUCGAAGAAGAAGCAUUUCAUUUAUUUGUGUCGGCAAAUUUUAGCAUUUUUAUUUAUCUUUUAACAAGUUAAAAAUAAAAGAAGAGAAAUUUAAGAGAGAUUUAAUAUGCCGGCUAAUACGGAAGGUAGUAAUAAAAUCACAUCUGACGGAGAAUUUGCUUCUAAAGUUUGUAAAGAGGUAACAGAAGUUAAAAAUGAUGUUGUUGUCGAGGAACCUGUGGAAAAGCCAACAGCAGAAGAAGUGUCUGCGCCAAGUUAUAAUUUAGCGAAAUUCAAGCUAACACGAAUUUUGCAAAAUAAUGCCUUACGCAAAACGAUAGCGUUAUUGGGUACAUUUCCUGAUGUGUCUGAGGAUGACGUUGCUGUUCUGCUGCUUGAAAAACAAGCAUUCAAAGAGCGCGAUGUACAAACUGAAAUUGAUCAUAUUUCGGAAACUUCUCCCAGGAUAUUCAGUGAUUCAUUACAAGUGCACACGGAGUUCAUUAAUAAUAUUUAUGGCAGUUUCCAAUGUGUACCCAGUUCGGAGUUAAAUAAUAUUAAAACGACUGUGGUCUACCCUGCCACCGAAAAGCAUAUUGAAAAGUAUUCAAUAACGCAAAAAUAUCUAAUUAGCGAAACUCCGGUUUUAUAUGAAGAACUGACUUUGCCUUAUAUAACAGACAGUCAUUUCAGUCUCGACUGGGUAUAUAAUAUUCUUGAGCAUCGUCAGGAGACCGAUCGCAUAGUUUAUGAAGAUGCUGAUCCCGAAAAGGGUUUCGUACUUUUACCCGAUUUAAAAUGGGAUGGAAAAACUUUGGAAACGCUUUAUCUGCUUGCCAUUGUACAUAAGCAUGAUAUUAAGUCUUUACGUGACCUUAACCAUACACAUUUACCACUUCUACACAACUUACGUGAUGGAAUUGCUGCCGCUAUAGAAGAACGUUAUGGCUUAUGUGUUUCACAAUUGCGAAUGUAUUUCCAUUAUCAACCAUCUUUCUAUCACCUGCACCUACAUAUCAAUCCAGUGCGUGGUGAUGCACCAGGAAUUUGGUGUGAAAAAUCGCAUAUGUUGGAUACUGUCAUAAGUAAUAUAGAAUUGAUGCCAGACUAUUACCAACGUGUCACAUUGCCAUUUGUUUUGUUCGAGGGCAGCAAACUGCUGAAUGAAUAUGAUUUGAAAGGAGCUGUACAGAAAUGUGUAAAGGCAGUGACUGACGACAAGCAACUAGAUGAGAAGACACAUACGAAUAAUAAAAACCGAAAGUCCGGUUCAAUUGAAUCACCGGAAUCACCGCAAGCUAAAAAGGUGAAACUUGAAAAUUCAUUAACAGAAGCAGCGGAACCUCCUAUCAAGAAGUUAAAAGAAACAAUUGAAGCAGAUCAGUCAACAAAAGUAGUAGAUGUUUAAGAAGAAUAAUAAUGAGAUCUCGAGUUUACACAAAAAAUUGUUUAGUAUUUUAACUUUUUUCGAUAAAAAUAAUACAGGUAAAUAUUUAUUUAUUUACAGAAAAGUAAACAUAUUAGCCCAAAUCACAUAUUUAAGAUUCCGCAUACUAUUCAUACCAUUAUUGUCAACGAUGCUAAGAUAGAGUGUUAUGUCGAAUAAAAGACUUGAUAAACAAACAUAAAUUCAAUUGCCAAAAAUAAAUAGUACUCAAAAAGUCAUUAUCCGUUUAAA